UUUCUGUGAUCUCUGACUUUUAUGUUUAUUUGUUGUCCUGUGAGUUUACAUUUUCCUUACUAGUUUUGAAAAUCCAGGAAAAUGGGAGAUUUCAAAGUGAUAACUCCUGACUUCGUAAAUCUCCAAAUUUCAACAUCAAAGAAUGAUAUAUCUUUUUCUGAGAAACGUUUUCCUAAAGGAAUUACUGUUGCAGAUCUCAAGUCAAAGUUGGAACUCAUGACCGGAGGGAGCUGUUCAACAAUGCAACUAGAGGUUUUUGAUAAAGAUGAUAAAUUUGUAUGCGGUCUAACUGAUGAUAACCAAUUAUUGGGAGCUUAUCCUGUAGAUUGUGGAAUGAGAUUACAUGUGGUUGAUAAAUUUUUGUUGAAGAAUGAAUUAGAGUCAGGUGAUAUAGAAAAAUUUGAGCUGAGUGAUGAACAAUACUCCAAAAAAUCAGAUACUGUCAGGUCAUUCUUACAGAGGAACAAAUUAGGUCAGUAUAAUGCAGAUAAUAAAGAGAAAAAAGAAAAACUUGAAGCUGAAGAAAAAAGUCUAGCAGAGAACCUAGUUUGUAAUUCUAGAUGUAAGGUGACUAUACCUAAUGCUUCACCUAGGCUUGGCACUAUAAAAUAUGUGGGAAAAGUAGAGGGUUUGGCAGGCUUUUGGGUUGGCAUUCAUUAUGAUGAACCCUUAGGAAAGCAUAAUGGAAUGUAUAAUGGAAAGCAGUAUUUUGAAUGCCCAGAUAAGUAUGGAGCUUUUGUUAAACCAUUCAGUGUCACAAUGGGUGAUUUUCCUGAGGAGGAUUAUGAUCUGAAUGAGGAGCUUUAAAUUGUUACAAUUUCCAUGUAUUUUUAUUUAUAUCGCACAGUCAUUGAAAUCUAUAAUAAAAAUUAGAAUAUUA